CUGCAACACCACCAAGACACCUUCCUGGCUCUGACGACAGACGGGAUCAACUUCAUCAUGAACGACCAGGAGAUCUGUGAUGUCAUCAACCAGUGCCAUGACCCCACAGAGGCAGCAAACGUAAUUGCACAACAGGCUCUGCAGUAUGGUUCAGAGGAUAACAGUACGAUCGUGGUGCUUCCGUUUGGAGCCUGGGGUAAACAGGAGAGCAGUCUGUCUGGCUACUCCAUGAGCAGAAACCUGGCUUCAAGUGGCCGUUGGUCCUGAGAGAGAGAGAGAGAGAUACUGGACACACCCACCCAUGGACACACCCACCCAUGGACACACCCACCCAUGGACACACCCACUCAUGGACACACACACUUAGGAUACACACACACACAUAUACACACACACACACAGAGAACGUUAUUAGGUUAAUAUUAAGUAUUUAGAUCUAGUGUUAUAGCCAAUAAGCGGCCAUUUUGAUCAUGUAUGCUUGUUUAAUGUACGUAUUGUAUAUAAUGAAAUGUUACGUUUUGGUUUCAGUGCUGUUUUAUUUAUUG